AUGAAAGAUUCUCCUGCCAACCUGGCGAUUCCCAGGGAUGUUGGUCAGAAGCGUCGUUUGGCUGAAGGUGUAAAUGGCGAAGGCGGACCUUCCACCUCACGUGAUACGAGGACGAUGACAAUGCAGCCACCCCAAAAACGUUUCAAGAAGGAGAAGGGUAGCAUAUUUAUACCCAAGAAGAACAAGCCUGGGAAGCCAUAG